AUGAGAGCUGUGCUGUCACAAAAGAUUCGAAAUAAGAAAAUAUUGUUACAGCCGUCACAUGGCACGAUUACAGCUACUGGAUUACAGCAGAGUGUAGCUUCCUUCGCUCAGCAACGCGUGUGGCUUGAUGAAAAGUCACAAAAUGAUUUUUCAAAAUCAUUAACUUCGAAUAAUGUUGUAUUACCUUUGGUGAUUAGAUCUGGUACGAUGUCAAUUGAACGCAUUCGUUCAUCUGUUAUUACUAUUCUCAAGCAACAUACGAUCCUUCGAACAGCUGUUUAUCUCGAUCAAAAUCAAGAUAAACUUCUGCAAAAGGUUCAAUCUGACGUGGGAAUCAACAAUUGCUCUUUUGAAAUAACAAAAAGAACUGUCUUAUCGACAGAUGAGAUCGCUGGAUUACUCAAAAAUGAAUUGACCAAUAGUUUUAGUAAUCUAGAUCUCGGACUCGUUCUUCGUUGUCAUUUAAUCAAGACGGGUCGGAAUGCCGAUGAUGGACUGCUUAAACCUAAUGAUUUAAUUGUAUUUGUUUUCCAUCAAAUAGCCUUUGAUUAUAACUCUAUUGGCCCGUUUAUUAUUGCGUUUACGGAGGCAUAUGAUGAAAUAACAACCAACAUAACAAAUUUGCAGUACAUUGAUUAUACUCUGUAUGAACAGAUACAAUUAGCCAAUGGAAAUCAAAAUUUAAACAUAAACAAGGCACAACAGUUUUGGUCAACAUUGAUGAGUGAUUAUAAACCAUAUGGAAGAAAUUUAUCAAUAACAACUCCGACGCAUGAAACGAACAAACGUUCUGGUCAAGGUCUCAGUGCCACAUUUGACUUAGACUCGAAUGUCGUACGAGCACAAAUUGAGUUCGCGUCCAUUUACAAUGUAUCCAUGUUUGAUUUGGGACUCGCGUGUUAUUUUAUUUUUUUAUAUGAGCUUAACAAUGGUAUGAUCGACGAUAUGUGUGUAGUUUGUCCAUCAGAUAAUCGCCCAUUAAACGAGACGAAAUCAAUGAUUGGUACAUUUAUCAAUAUGCUACCAUAUCGUAUUGGUAUAGAUCCAAAUCAGUCUUUUAUAAACUUUGUCCAACGUGUUCAUACAUUAUGUGUUGAUAUUUCUGAACAUGACCAAUUACCGUAUCAAACGAUCAUGAAAAUCGCAGAUAAGUCACAUCUGUGGAAACUACCAUUUUGCUUCCAAUAUGACUCAGUUGAUCUCUUAUCAACAGAAGAAAUGGUCCUGGAAGCAAAAACAAAAGAUGCAACAUUAGAAUUAUACAUUGAUGAAGUUUGGUUGCAUAGUAAGGGUCUCGUAUCUAAUGAUCUUACUUUAACUAUGAUUCAUAAUUAUCACGAACGGAAAACGCAUUAUAUUUUCGGCUGUUCGACAGAUUGCUAUGAAGAAAGAGCAGCGUCCGAAAUGUGUCGACACUUUGAGAAUUUUCUCUCGUAUUUUUUCUACAAAAGUUCGACAGCCACUGGCUUCAAAAAUACUCAGCUAUCUAUCUCAAACUUAUCUCAUCGACUAUCAGACAUCAAACAGCUGCCAAAAGUUACUUUCAAACAGCAAGCAACUGUUGCGCAAACAUUAUUUUUAACAGGUUCAAACUUCGAAACUGAUGAAAAAUAUUCAUUAGCUCUUACGGAAGAUAUACAUAAUAUUGGACCAAAUAAUAAAUUAGAAGAUACGAUUACUAACAUUUGGCACGGAUUAAUACAUACAGAGCCUGAUUCAUAUAAAACACAAAAGAAUUUUGAUUCAACAAUAUCAAAUACUACUAGCUUUUUCAGUCUUGGAGAUGAUUCUCUUCCACUUCAACCCUAUCGAUCAUAUCAAUCUGUAUUUCAUUCUGACACUGACGUACUAUCAAUUCGAACGUUCUUGGAGCACGAUACGUUAGCUGAACAUGCAAAAUUACUGAAAACAGCUAUCAAAGAUAACGCUCAAUCAAGAGAGUGGCAUACACUACACAUUAAUCAUGGUAUUGCAUCAUUUGCUCAAGAGCGUAUUUUUAUUGAUGAACGAGUCCGUUUUUCCAACAAAAUUGCCAUAUACAAUGAGAUGGUAGUUGUUCGACCUGUCAAAGGUUCACUAUCAAUAUCUCGUUUAUUACGAGCUCUACGGACUGUUUUAGAAAAGCACCAUAUAUUACGUACAUGUCUCAUUUUAGACAAUAGUGAAAAUAAGUUACGACAGUGCAUCACUGAUCGUCAUCAUACAUUCUCAUUUACAAACGAGCAAACAUUUGAAACCGAUAAUGAACUUAAUAGUCUUAUUUAUAAAGGAAAAGUCCAUCGUGAUCGUUUUGAUUUGUUAAGUGGACGGAUUUUUGAUUGCCAGGUACUUCGCAAACGGCAACUGUUCAAUGCAAACUACGAUACCGAACAGAUAACAGAUUCAGAUGUACUCAUAUUUGGUUUUCAUCAUACAGUAUGUGAUAGAUUAUCUUUUCAAAAUUUUCUCAAAGUUCUAAGUCUUGCAUAUAAUAAUCAUGAAAUAUGUUCAGAAGAGAAACAGCCUCUACAAUACAUUGAUUAUGCUGUUUUGGAACGUGUAAUGGACAUGACAUUAUCUCGUGAGUUCUGGUAUUUACAACUCGAUGCAUAUAGCUUUCAAUGCCCGUUUCCUUUUACCAUCGAUCGUCAUCGUUUACCAACUGAUCAACGAUCAGGUAUAGCAUCCACAGCUCAGAUCACGUUCGACGAUGACGUACUGUCGUCAUUUUUAAAUUAUGCAUCAACAUAUCAUCUCACAUUUUUUCAACUUGGAUUAGCAAUAUUUUAUGCAUUUUUAUUCAAAAUAUCUCACGGACUAACUGAUUUGUGCGUUUCUUGCCUGAACGCUAAUAGAUAUAGAAGUGAACUACAAGAUAUGAUUGGAAUGUUUGUUUCAACAUUGCCUCAUCGUUUACAACUUGAUUGUAGCUGGUCAUUUGAUGAACUUGUGAAACAUGUUCGAGACAAAUGUUUAUCGAUUCUAGAAUAUUCUAAUUGCCCGCUUCAAUAUAUCCUCGCUGAUUUUCAUCUUAAUCAAUCGAAUGUUUCAUUUCUUGAAACGCUAUUCGACUUUAUUACUGUAACUCCGAAUUUCGAUCAGCCUUCCUUCGAUGAAAUAAUCCUAGCAGACGUACCUCUACGACAAUCUUGUACAGUGGCGAAAUUUGACUUUGCAAUGACAUUCUUUUACAACUCAACAUCAGAUGAUCAUAAACUGCACUGUUCUCUUGUUUGUUCACACGACAUAUUUGACGAGACAACAGUUAUGACUCUUGGUCGACGAUUUAAUCAUUUUGUUGAACCGUUAUUUUCAUCAAAUCCAAAGAUCAAGAGAAUAGAUACAUAUCAUUCAUGUAUCUCAAACAUUAACCUUAUUUUACCAGAAGAAGCUGAUGAAAUAUGGAAUGUUGUCUUUUGUCGACAAAUACAUGUGUUAGAUGACGGUAAAUAUUCACUUAUUUAUAUGUAA